AUUUCAUUUUUUUUUGACCGCACCCGGGCGGUUUUUUUUUCGCAUACCGAAGCGAGUCGAAACUCGUUUCCGGCAGACGAAAAUAUCAUGGCGAGCGCUGUCAAGAAGCCUCCGGCAACAGGCCACGAGACGCCCACGGGAACGCCUACGGGAACGCCCUCGCGACCGACUCCCAGGGCUUCCAUGCCCUCGUCAACCUCCAGCCCGAGCGGCGCCGGCGUCGCCCGGACUCUCUCGAACCGCAAGGGAAAUCCCGUGUCCGCUCGCGCGGCCGCCCACCAGAGACGCGAGUCCAUGCUGAGUAACAGCACCACCAUCAACGGCAAUGGCACCGGCUCGCCAGACAUCGAGCGCGAAGAGGCCCUGCGUGCCGAGACAGUUGCCAUAAUAGAUGACCUCAAAGAGCGGCUGGCUCAGGCCGAAUCCGGGUUCGAGACCUACAAGCGCCAGGCCGAAGUACUGCAGAGCAAGCUGGACGAUGCGCUGAAGGAGCAAGCAAAGCUGGAGGAGAGGGUGCACGAGAGUGAGGAGCAGAUCGAGGCUCUGACCAACGAGAAGCGCGAUGCUCUUCGGCAGAUACGCGAGAUGGAGACCAUCUACGAGGGUGAGCGGAGCGCAAUGAUGAAGGAGAAGGAGGAGAUGGCAAACCGCGAGGAGGAAAUGCAGGCCGUCAUCCAGAGGCUCAAGGAUAGCCUGGCGCAGAGGAACCAUGAUGAAGACCGGCCAACAAGGCAAUCGGUGAACACCUCGCCAAGCAUCGACAACGGCAGCUUCGCCCCACCGAGCUCGAUCCAUCGGAGCGACUCGCGCAACAAUUCCAAGCUUCUGCUGCAAAAGGACAAGCUGAUCGAGUCGCUGAGGCUCGAGCUCGCCGAGGUGCAGAUCAAACUGGUCGAAUCACAAAACCAGGGCGGCGGCCGCCUUCAGGAGGUCGAGCGCCAGCUCAUGGAGGCGCGCAUGGCCAAUGCGAGGCUGAUGGAAGACAAUGAGAGCUACCAACUCUUGCUGCAGGAGCGCACCCUCAAAGGGGAUUUUGGCGCCAACGACCUCGCCUACUCGGGCGGCGCGUCGGCGAACCAGGACGCCCUGGCCGCCCUCGAGGGCAGGACCGGCGGCACCAGCCUGGCCGAUGAGCUCUCGGGAGCCCACGACGAGCACGCGCACGAGCACGAUCUCGAGACGCAACGGCGCCUGGAGGCCGAGCUGAGGUCAGUCAAGGACCAGAACAAGGCCCUGACGCUCUACAUCAACAAGAUCAUAGAGCGGCUGCUGCAACACCAGGGCUUCGAGCACAUCCUCGACCAGUCGAGCGAUUUCAAGAGCGCGCCCGACACCAACAAGGACCUUCCGCCGCCUCCCCCGCCCAAGCCCGCCCCGGGGCCGUCCUUGCUCCAGCGCGCCAAGUCCAUCGCCAUCGGCGGCGGCUCCAGCAGCGCCGCGCCCAAGCCCAAGCCCCGCCCCGUGACCCUGACGCACUCGACCGGCCAGAACUCGGCCAUCAGCAACCCGGAAACGGCCCCGAGCAUCCCCAUCGGCCUGGCCCGCUCGGCGAGCACUCGCCGCGCCCGUCCCAUGAGCGAGCAGUUCACGAGCGUCCCCGGCGCCGCCAGCAUCGUCAAUGCCAUGUACAAGGGCCCCUCGACGACCGACGGCCCACUCUCGCCCUCGCUCCGCUCCAGCCAGGCCUUCUUCCUCCCACAAGGAGCGGGUAACCGCACAAGCGGCGGCGGCGGCAACUUCCCCGGCAUGAAGUCCGAGACGAGCAGCACCAGCGGCGACUCGGCCUCCGUCUCGACCACGGGGGCCGGCGCCGACGGCGUGAGCACCCCGCCCAGCCAGGCCAGCCCGCCGCGGUCGACGCACCACCACGAGAAGACGACGACGUUUGCGGGCAACAAGCCGCGGCCGCUGAGGCUGGUGCAGGAAAAGGCCGAGGCCACCGCCAAUGCCAACGCCAACCGGCGCCAGAGCUGGGUCGGCUGGGCGGCGAGCGCGUUCGUGGGCAAGAAGGACGACAGCGGCAGCAGUGGGGUCGGGGAGGCGAUUAAGGAGUAGAUAUCGAUAGAUACCUGUGUGACGAUUGAUGUUCUGGUGGUUUCGGGAACGGAGCGGGCUUUCCCGAGGGUGGCUGGUUGAGUUGAGCACAGCUGGGUGGAGGAUGAGAUAUGGAAUGUUGGGA